AAGCUGCUCCACGGCAUAGCAUCUGGGCUCUACUAUAUUCACUCUUUUCCCGCUGUUCACGGUGACAUCACGAGCAUUUCCAAGAUGGAGAAUACAAGGCUUGCCUAACGGACUUCGGUUUGUCAAAUGUCCUCUGCGCACGUUCAAAAAACUGUCCAAUUGAAGGAUCAACUGUUCGUCCUGGUGCAAUCAGGUGGACUGCGCCUGAGUUGCUCAGGUCACAUGAUCGCCUUUCUGAUAUCAAACCGACCACGCAGAACGACAUGUAUUCCUUUGGUUGUGUCAUGUUCCAUGUAAGCAAUUUAAGUCCACAAAAUCUAUAUUUAAUGCAUCACUCAUCCCAGGUGUUGGCCCUGAGUGUUCCUUGGCAUGACGUUGACGAGUACGAUGUCGUUAAAAAAAUUCAAAAUGGAGAGUGUAUCCCGCGUCCUGAGGUAUCCACGGCGACGUCUGACGUUACAGACACCCGCUGGAAUCAUAUUAAGCAGUGUUGGUCCAUCAAUCCUUCUGCUCGUCCAUGUGCUCUCGCGGCUAGGAACUUCAUAGCGGGGGAACAAGAGGCUCUGAAACAAGAUGUAAGCUCAUGGCUUGUCUCGUCAUGUGGGCGUAGAGUUUCUGACUCUGACAGGAUGUCCUUGUUGGCGAGGCACAAGAAAGCCAUCAAAAUACAUGUUUAGCCAUAGACCAGACUAGGAUUUCGACCCCAUCGUCGUUUCCGUCUUCCUCUCAAACUCUUGUUCCGUCACGCAAACCCGUUCCCUAUAGUCCUUCA